GAGAAGCGUGUGAAGUAGAUGAGCACAGCACCGGAUGACAGAACACUGAGCUUGUUCCGUCAUCCGUGAUCAUCACAAAAAGUUUAAGCCUGAAGCUGAAGGGUCGUGUUUGGUAUUCUUCCAACUUCGAAGCUCCAUCCAAGCUUCAGGGUGAAGGCGACUAGGCGCGAGCGAGAGGUUGAAGAAAAUCUCUGCCACAGAGAGAGAGAGAGCGAUCAAGGACUCCAUUUCCUUUCUUCGAAUGGUCAAAACAGAAGUUAACGUGUGACAGAGAGACAAUAAUCCAACCAAAAGCUAUCUGAGAGCACGGGAUUGGUCAGGUCAGGUUAGGUAUAUGUAUAUUAUACUGUGAUUUCAGAGAAAAAUAUUACAUUACACUACUCGAUUGUCGAUCCCAUAGGAAAAUCACACUAAAUUUACAGAGAGAGAGAGUGUGUGUGUGAGAGAAGACGGAAGAGGAGCUGCAGGCAGCAAUACAGAUCUAGAGAUGGCGAAUAGGUUGGAGAACCUGGUUGAAUCGAUCAAAUCGAAGGUCAGGGCUCUGAGGAAAUCAAAGAAGCCCUACAUAAAGAUGGAUAAGAGUUCUAGCGUUAAGGUAGAGAUACGGAGCAGGCAGGCCAAAAAGCUUAUCGAUAAGACCUUGAAAGUCGCGGAUCGUCCUGGAAUGAGAAGCAUUUCUUGAUCCUCCGUACUUAAUUUCCAACUCUAUUCUCCUUUUAUCUAUCUAUACAUGCAUACCUCUUUUCACAUGUUUAUGGAUUUGCAGGAGCUUGUUUUUCCGCAUGUUUUGCUCUAGGGUUUUGAACCGUCUCGUUUAGCCAAAUAAAUGAUAAAUGUUUAAUGUUGCUAUUUGAUUUGGUACAGAAAAAAAAAACGUCUUCUGAAUAUAGCAUCUCAUCUAUAUAAAUGUGAAUUAGUUAUGGCAUGCUUAUAAGACGAAACCAGGAGUUUUGGUACUAUUCUUUCUUGUGAGAUGACGAGGGAAGAGAGAGAAGGAGUGGUUUUGACAAACAAUGCUUUGGCUCCAAAGGUUUUUUAUUUUUAUAUUUAUAUAUAGUUUGGCGUAGGCUCUGCUUCAUGUUCAUCUCUAUCAUAAGUCUAUGUAUUGUUUGGAGAGCCCAGAUCAACUGUGAGUC